UUGGGGUCAUAUUUUAAAAACUUUCUUAGGACUUUCCCUCUAAGAAAAUCGUGAAAUUUAAAUUAAUCCGCUAUCACUUAGUGUUACCAACACGCAAUGAGGGGUAAAUACACUGUUUUGUUUGGAUUUCGUUGGGUAUUUUGGGGGCAGCUGGCGAAAGUCUUCCGGGAGAAAUACAGUAAAUAGAGUAAAUACAAAAUCAUCGUUAGCAAUCUGUAAUAUACGAAAACGAGCUGCUUUCGCAGUAGCAAAGAUCGGCGACUGAUCCACGAUGGUCAUCAAUUGCCUUAACAUCUUCAGACGUGGCCUCCACACGAGUUCCGCCCGAUUGCAGGUGAUCCAAAGCGCCACGCCCACCAAGCGGAUAUGCAUCGUGGGCGCCGGACCCGCCGGCUUCUAUGCCGCCCAAUUGAUCCUCAAGCAGCUGGACAAUUGCGUGGUGGACGUGGUCGAGAAGCUGCCGGUUCCCUUCGGACUGGUGCGCUUUGGCGUUGCGCCCGAUCAUCCGGAGGUCAAGAACGUAAUCAACACCUUCACCAAGACCGCCGAGCAUCCGCGUCUGCGUUACUAUGGCAACAUAUCGCUUGGCACGGAUGUCAGUCUGCGGGAGCUGAGAGAUCGAUACCAUGCCGUGCUCCUCACCUACGGAGCGGACCAGGAUCGGCAGCUAGAGCUGGAGAACGAGCAGUUGGAUAAUGUGAUAUCAGCCCGGAAAUUUGUGGCCUGGUAUAAUGGAUUGCCGGGUGCGGAAAACUUGGCUCCGGAUCUUAGUGGUCGUGAUGUAACAAUUGUGGGUCAGGGCAACGUGGCUGUGGAUGUGGCCAGGAUGCUGCUUAGUCCCUUGGAUGCUCUCAAGACUACGGACACAACUGAGUAUGCCUUGGAAGCGCUUUCUCGCAGCCAAGUGGAACGAGUCCAUCUGGUUGGCAGACGAGGUCCUCUGCAAGCCGCCUUCACCAUCAAGGAGCUGCGGGAGAUGCUCAAGCUUCCCAAUGUAGACACUCGAUGGCGUACUGAGGAUUUCUCGGGCAUUGACAUGCAGCUGGAUAAACUUCAGCGGCCUCGCAAGAGACUCACCGAACUGAUGCUUAAGAGUCUAAAGGAGCAGGGCAGGAGCUCCGGCUCAAAACAGUUCCUGCCCAUCUUUCUGCGCGCUCCGAAGGCGAUAGCUCCAGGGGAAAUGGAGUUUUCCGUCACGGAACUGCAUCAGGAAGCAGCAGUGCCCACCAGUUCCACAGAGCGUCUUCCCUCGCACUUAAUCCUGCGCAGCAUUGGCUACAAAUCGACUUGCGUGGAUACGGGCAUCAAAUUUGACACUCGACGAGGUCGCGUUCACAACAUUGAUGGUCGGAUUCUCAAGGAUGAUGCUACGGGGGAGGUGGACCCUGGACUUUAUGUAGCUGGCUGGCUAGGAACUGGACCCACUGGCGUUAUUGUGACCACCAUGAACGGCGCCUUUGCGGUAGCCAAGACCAUCUGCGAUGACAUAAACACGAAUGCUCUGGACACCAGUUCUGUCAAACCAGGAUACGAUGCGGAUGGCAAACGAGUGGUUACUUGGGAUGGCUGGCAGCGAAUUAAUGAUGUUGAAAGCGCAGCGGGAAAAACCAAGGGAAAGCCGCGCGAAAAGAUUGUUAACAUUGAGGAAAUGUUACGGGUGGCUGGCGUCUGAUGCCAGUAUUCCAUGGGUUGCGGUUGACAAUAGUUUCCUUUUAGAACAAAUCUAGCUUUCUUUAUUUAUCUGUCGUUUGAGGCCUUUGUAAUUUGUUGUAAAUAUACAAGUCAUUUAUAAAACAA